AAAAAAUCCAAAAUGGCGGAUGAACUAUGAAUUUUUCCCAAGUCUGAAACAUGUGAACGACUUAUUAUUUAGUUUUUAAUUAUUUCGGAGAACUGAGAAUUCUGAGGUUUUCCAGUCAUGACAGACCACAAAGAAGAACAAGAUCUGGAACUUGAAGCUCUAAGUUCCAUAUACCCGGAAGAAUUUACUCGUAAGUAAGAUAUCCUCACCAGAAUGAGUUUAGUGCGCAAUCGAAGAAUUCGUCUGGCAAAAAUAAGAGGUUUAUGUUCUGAUUAUCUGUUCAUUCGAUUUUUUCGAUUACAUGAUCGGUACGGAUUCUCCCAUUUUUCUUAUAUUUCUGUGCUAGGAUUUUUGCACACUCAUCAACUUUAAAUGGGAUCUUAGAGAUAAAAGACUUGAAAAUACACAUCGCGGGUUAAGAAAACUUUCCUUUAAAUACAUGCAGUUCUCUUUCAAUGAGAAAGGCCAGCCCUCUUAAAUUACGAGAAGUGAACCCAAAUAAAGUUCCGUCCCACAUCUCUUAUUAUUUCAGCAGUUAAAUCAAACAAUAUCCCUUAGUUGAUCAUCAUAUUACUUCUCGUCACCUCUCUUCUUACAGAUAAAUAAAUCUGGUUUUGAGAAUUUCCUCUUUGGUCACUCCUGUUUAAAAAAAGGAAGAGUUUAUGAAUCACUGUCAGCAUCAGAGAAAUUGCAGACCUACCCCUCCCCUACCUCAAUAAUAGCCAACUGAUGACAAGAUAGGAUUAAUGUUAGUUUAGGGGAGGGGUAGGUGUGCAGUUGCUCUGAUGCUGAUGUUAAUUUGAAUUUAUUCUUGUAUUUCUUGUUUUUCUCUAAUGUAUAUACGGUACAUAUCAUCCCAUUAAGUCAGAGUGUUUAACCUUUUAACUCUAAAAGGUGAUUAACAUGAAACUUCUCCCUAGAUAUCCAUACAUUAUUCAGCAAACAGGUUAUGAGAAUAUUCAAACUUAUUAGGUGGAAGCUGCUAUCUUGAUCUAGCACCAAGUUCUCAUAACUAAUUUACAAGGAAAUGUGUAGCAGCUAGAGGGGAGAAUCAACAAUCAGACCUUAGGAGUUUAAUGAGGAUGUAUUCUGAAAUUAGCAUAACCAGAUGAACAUUACAUUCUUCUACUUCCUCUCUUAGAGAUUGAAAGUGAUCCAUGUUGUUUUCAAGUUUCAAUUGCUAGUGAACCUGAAAAACCAGAAGAUGAGGACUGUAGAGGUAAUCAUAACAUAGCAAAAUUGAAUCCCUGGAGAAGCAUUACUGUGCUUGACAAAUAAUUUAAUACUUUGGCAGUGUGACUGCUGUCAUGGAGUUACCAAUUAGUGAAUAUUGGGAAGAAAACCAAAACAAAAUUAAUGUGGCCUGUAAAAAUGCGUUCCAUAUGGUACAGGUACACUUCUCUUUUCAGCAGCAGAAGUGAUGUACUGGUUUGAGUUUGUUGCAAAUUCUAUUCAUCUUAUUUUUUUCAUUUUGUUAGAAACCUUAGAAAAUUUCCAUGUCCUAACUAAAGUUAAUUUUCUGCUUUGAGCUCCUGGCCUCUUUGGAAAAUCCAUUUUAGCUUUCCAUGUAAUUCUUUGAAAAACUUAGCCCAACCUUUGUAAUUUCGGCUGAUCUUUAAUGUGAUUAGUAUGGAUAGUUACUGGAACUACACAUUGCCUGGAUUAUUGAAACUGACACUUAAACACACUUAAAUAUGUGGUAAGUAAAGCAGUAACUACUCAACAUGUUCUUGUUUCAGUUUGUGCCACUUUACAGUUCACUUAUGUAAACACAUAUCCAGAUGAGCCCCCUGUUAUUGAAGUGCCAUUGUUUGAAGGGAUGGAUAACUCAGAUGCAGAGGGACUUAGAGAGUACUUAGAACAAGAGGUGAUGCACUUUUUCCUACAAAGAUAAUGCGAAAUAGCAUCUAUCCAGUUGAUUUAGCAAACUCUAUGAGGGAACUAGAAGAUCCAUUGAGUACCAGGGAGAUUCCCUGAUCAGGAGAGUUGACAUAUUUGUGAUCUGCCACAGAAAGAAGUGCAGUAAUAAGUCUUGAUGACUGAUCUUUUCAGAGUCAAAUGGCUCUUGGAGCAAGUAAACUCUACAAUUAUUGCAUUUGAAUGUGUGGUUCAAAUUUGGAAAGUAACCAUCCUUGGUUGAAUUUUUUGCUUCAAAAUUAUGUCCACUCUUAACUAAAACAACCAGUUAGUAGAUAUGGGAAAUUGAAAGUAAACCCAUGAAGGUAGAAAAUGUUUUGUCAGCAGUUAUAAUUUAUGGGCAAUCAUUAAUCUCAUAUAGGCACAAGAAAACCUAGGGAUGGCAAUGAUUUUCACUUUAGUAUCAGCUGCACAAGAAAAACUCAACACAUUCGCCGAUAGAUUAAAAAAUGAAAAAGAAGAUGAGAAGUUGAGAAAGGAAAAAGAAGCCGAGGAGGCAGAGAAAAACAAAUUCUCAGGGACCCCAGUAACACUGGAAACAUUUGUGGCCUGGAGAAGAGCUUUUGAACAAGAAAUGAUGCAGACUAAAGAGAAUAAAAUUGAAAUGCUUAAAGGAAAACUCACUGGUAAGGUGUCUUUAGUAUUGCAUUAGAGACAUUUUCGCAACAGACUAACUAAGUUAGCUCUUGAAAAAUUAUGGUCUGUGAGAAUUUUGGUGAAUUUUUGUCUAGAAUCAUAAAAUGCUCUUGUUUUUUUGCAGUUUAUUGAGUUUUUCUGAUUAAAAUAACUUACUCAAGAUGUUCUCUUAUCAUUCUCAUUGUUAUAUUUCAUUAGUUGGGUAGUUAGUGUCUAAUUUUAGCUGUCUAAUUUUCAGUCAUUAAAUUUUACUCACAAACCUAGUUGCUGUAGGGUGUCUUUUUUCUGGCACCCUGGGAAUGAGGUUGCUUGUGAUAGGUUAUUAUGUUGCAUUUCUGGGUAUGACAUAAAAUCUUCACAGUGCCCAUCUUCAACUGGGAUUAUAAACAGGAACCAGUGAAUUUUUAAGGCAACCUGUGGGUAACCUUAGGUGGUAUCUAAAGACCAUUGUGAGACCAAACCCUAUUUAUAUAAUAUCAUGUCAUUAUUGUUGAGGUCUGUGAAAAUUCAACGCAUGUGUCACUUUUGUGAAAGUCUGGUUGACUCAUGAAACAAAAGUAAACAUAUCCAGACUGGUGGAUAAUCUUCUUUUGGUGUGUUUUGCUUUAGGGAGACAACUCUUUGAACAAGAUGACUCAAUGAGAGACUCAGAUGCUGCCUUCUUAGAAAGUAAGUUGUCUACAAUUUUUCACUCUGAAAUUUUCUAGCAAUGGAUUCAUAUCAAUGAUCAAGAUACCAAAAAAAGUUACUUUGUAAUGUGAGAUUUGACGAAGAGAUCGCACUGAACAUUCACCCUUACAUGGCCAAAGCCCAUCAGUUCUAUUGAACCCAUUAGCUGCAAAUGUUUCCUUCAUUUUCAUAAUUUUGUUGCUUUUUUUUUAUUAUUUUAAGGUGAAGUAAAGGUAGAUGAAUCACUUUUUCAAGACCUGGAUGACCUAGACCUGGAUGAUGAAGAUAUAGAAUAA